CGAACAUUCGCCCAUAACAUUCAUUUGGCUUGUCUCGUUUUAUCAACUAGUUAGAAAAAAACUUUUAGGUAAAAAAUUCGAAAAUUGUUCAUGCUGCAAGGAGUAGCGAACAGCAUCAAAAUAGAGGUAAGACCGAUUCGCGAUGCAGGCCCAUCAUGCGAUGCCCGAUUUCCGAUGCCGGAAUAAUUGCCAGCACAAGGAGUGCCAGAGGCAUGCUCCUUUGGGCAUAAUCGAUCAGCACACCCAGUGCAAGUGCUUGGGCGAGGUAAAUGCCUCAUCGAUUUUCCUAGAAAAUGUCCUGGACCUGGCCAACACUUUGGCCCAGGUGAUGAUCAUCUGUGGACUGCACGAGUGCAAAGCGAAAUCAACCGUGGACAUUAUCACAUAUGCCUUCUUGCAUUACGAUCAGGUGUGCUAUUGCAUUGAUACCACGCCCAAGAAGCGACUGAGAAAGGAGGAUUUGUUCCACGAGCUGGGCAAGAAGUCGCUGAUGAACAAGGUGGAGGCCCACUUGGCCUAUGCCAUCAUCAAGAGGGGAUUCAAGGCCUUCUACUACGAGCCGAAAGUGGACUUGACCUACGAUGAGCAAGGCAGACCCUCGUACAACGAUGAAUGCGUCUGGGUCCACGCAGCCAGGAAGUCAGCCGAGUCCUAUGCCCGCUUCGAUGGCCUCUCCUGCGCCGAACAGUUGGCAUACGAGGCCAAGAUCAAAAUAGCCUUCAAGAAGUUCUACGAUCGCAUGCAGACGCGCAAGAGGCAGCCGGAGGGCGACGAUUGCAACUGCUGCUUCUGUGCCAAGAAGCGGGGACAUCUGGUCUAUGCCAAGGAACCGACUCCCUGCACUUCCAACAAAAAGAAGCCCAAGCACGUGUGUCCAUAUUGCUGCAAGAAGAAGCAGAAGCAGCAGUACACACACCCUGCUCGCCAGCCGGCCAAGUGCCCCAAGUGCCACAAGUCGCGCAAGUUCUGCUGCUGCACCAAAAUGGACUUCAACUUGCAGUGGGUCAAGAGCAUAUGGGAGCGGCCGGACUUCAAUCAGUACUACAAGAACGAGAUCGCCGAAAUCGAGGACCGCCUGGUCAAGGGAACCUGCUGGCUGCCGCCGGAGCCUGAGGAGAAGCUGCUCGAUGAGGGCGAGGGCGAGGAGGAGGAGGAAGCCCACCAGGAAAUGUCGCCGGAGGCUCUCCUCGCCCUCGGCGGCAAAACGGUGCCCACUAUACCGGAUGAAGGAAACGGUUCUCCACUGGCCACCAAACAGCCGUCGAUCACCGAGGGUGAGGGCGAGACCUAAGUUUGAAGGAUCCUGCGAAUCGGCGCUUGCUAGAUUUCUAAAUUUUACUUUACUCUUGAGGAAAGCAGUUCUCAAAAUUUUCAGUUCCAGCUGUUCUUCAACAAUUUAUCAUUAAAGUUGUACUCAAGCU